GCCCAUGGGUGUGUUCAAUGGCGGCUAUUUCAAGUAUGGAUUCAAGUGAUCCGUCUUCACAGUCUGAUAUCAAGAUAAUAUGCCUGGGAGAUAGUGCAGUUGGUAAAUCAAAGCUAGUAGAAAGAUAUUUAAUGGACAAAUUUAAACCACAGCGACACUCAACUUAUGCUGUGACUCUCUUUGCUCACAAAGCUGAAAUCAACGAUAGGACAAUAUCUGUUGACCUAUGGGACACGGCUGGACAAGAACGUUUUCAGUCAAUGCAUCCUUCGUAUUAUCACGGAGCUCAUGGUUGCAUUCUGGUUUUUGAUGUCACGCGUAAAAUAACGUACAAGAACUUGGCGCAUUGGUACAGCGAGUUACGUGAGUCCCGCCCAAAGAUCCCCUGCAUACUUUUAGCUAACAAGAUAGAUGUUGACAUGAAAGUAACAAAGACUAGUUUUAAGUUUGCUUCAAAGCACAAACUGCCAUUUUAUUUCGUGUCAGCACGUGAUGGAACUAACGUUGUGAAGGCCUUUAGAGACAUUACGAGAGCUGCUUUAGCCUAUAAAGAGACAUCACAAGAUCUUGUUGAUCAAAUACUAGAAGAAUUACGGGAAAUGCAAAAUGAGGGUAUGUCUGAUGAAGAGUCUGAUUCCCAUACCACCCCAGACUCAAACCAUGACUUGGAAAAAGUAACAUAGUGAACUGAUCAUCACUACCAUUGCCUCUAUCACUUGUUCAAGGGUUAUUUUUAAAUUAAUGACAAUUAUUAUUAUUAUUAUUAUUAUUGUACAACAUGCAGCACUAAUACUCACUUACUCUUGUCAUUAUUAUUGUUAUUAUUAUUGUUGUUAUUUAGUUUUCUUCUGUGGUAAUAUACGUCUCCUUGCAUUAAUAAA